CUCAGUAUUUAAGUCCCUGGUUUCAGUUCCUUCCUUGCCAGUUCAUUGUUUGUCUUCUGCUUUCUGUUAGUGCUGUCAGUCUAUUUUUUCCAUGCCAUCACCCCAAUGUUUUUACCACCAUAGUCUUUUGUUUUUUUGCUGAUAUUUGCAGUGGAUGAGCAGAAUGCUCCCCCUCACAGCUUCAGAAAAUGAACACCUCUUUGUGUGACUCUGCAGUGAGUAUGUAUCACCUGGUGCUAGACCACCAAACAAAUUCCAGCUGUAACUUCUCCUCGUUGGCUUCCAAUUGGACGACUGGGGGUGAUGCCCUGCAGCUGCCCACGUUCACCACAGCAGCCAAAGUUAGAGUGAUCAUCACCUUCAUUCUCUGUGGCAUCUCAGCCUUUUGCAACCUGGCUGUGCUGUGGGCAGCACACAGUGAUGGGAAACGAAAAUCCCAUGUUAAGGUGCUAAUUAUCAACCUGACGGCGGCAGAUCUGCUGGUAACCUUCAUCGUGAUGCCUGUCGAUGCUGUGUGGAACAUAACAGUCCAGUGGCUUGCUGGAGACUUUGCCUGCAGACUGCUGAUGUUUCUCAAGCUGCAGGCGAUGUACUCCUGCGCCUUUGUCACUGUGGUGAUCAGUCUGGACAGGCAGUCCGCCAUCCUCAACCCUCUGGCUAUCAAUAAAGCCAGAAUAAGGAACAGAGUCAUGCUCACUGCAGCUUGGGGUACGAGCAUUGUACUCUCAGUCCCUCAGAUUUUCCUUUUUCACAAUGUGACCAUCAUCUAUCCCAAGGACUUCACUCAGUGCACAACACGCGGAAGUUUCGUCACUCACUGGCACGAAACGGCUUACAACAUGUUCACUUUUUCUUGUUUGUUUUUGCUGCCGCUGGUCAUCAUGAUCACCUGUUACACAAGGAUCUACUGUGAGAUCUCCAAACGACUGAAAAAAGACAACUCACCCUCCAGUGAAGUGCAUUUGCGGUGCUCCAAGAAUAACAUCCCCAAAGCCCGGAUGAGAACUCUAAAAAUGAGUAUUGUGAUUGUCUUGUCUUUCAUUAUCUGCUGGACGCCAUACUAUCUGCUGGGCCUGUGGUACUGGUUCUUUCCUGAUGACCUUGAGGUAAAGGUGUCCCAGUCCCUGACCCACAUCCUGUUCAUCUUUGGACUUGUCAACGCCUGCCUGGACCCGGUAAUCUAUGGCUUAUUCACCAUUCACUUCCGAAAAGGGCUCCGGAGGUAUUACGGCAAUGCUACCACAGCAACGGACUUGGAUAAUAACACAGUGAUAACUGGAUCUUUUAUUUGUGCUGCCAAUUCUUUGUCACUGAAAAGAGAGUUGAGAUGUUCCAGCCAGGAGAGGCUUAUGCUGUGCAGUGACAACCACAGCAAGGCAGAGCCAUCAUCUCCAAGCAGGAGCUUUCUGAUAGCUGACGAUGGCGCAGAUAGACCAAACAUGUUCAGCCCUGAGAGCAUCUUAUAAGAAGGAUGAAGGAGAAGGAUAAAGGGAAAGAGCCCCCUAACAGGUUUUAACUAUUAUUGUAUAAAUCUGUUAUCUAAUCAAUGUCUGUGUGAAGUGUUGGAUUUAACUGAGUGCAAUAUGUCCUUUUGGCAAACCAAAUAUAACCUGAUAAAAUUGGACUUUGCAUUUUCUAGAAGAGAAGAAAUGUCAUAAACUCAAUAGAGCGAUCAUGUUGGACAGGUGUCAGAUGUGUUCUGUAAAGUUGUUUUGUGGCCAUCUUGAAUUAAAUGUAUU